ACUUCCCUCUUUCACACUCCAUACCAAACUCCCAUCAACCGUUAACAUGCCCGAACCCGACAAACACGCUGCCGCGCAACAGGCUGUAGAUAUUCUCCAUGAGAUAUCUACAAUUCUAAACUGCCAUCUUGAUCGCCGUACUCUGUCUAUCUGCAUCUCUAUGAUCGAGCGCGGUGUAAACCCAGAGGCUUUGGCACAAGUUAUCAAGGAACUUAGACAAGAGGGACAGCGGAUGGAACCUCCUGCCGCUGCUGCAAGAAGACGUUGAUGCGCCCAAGGUUAAUUGAAACGGUUGACAACGGCUGGACACGAGAUUUAUGGAAAUACGGUUAUGAUAGGCGUUUACGAGAUAUUGCAUUUCAUUUUAUAACCAGGCAAGUUAUGUCUUCAGUCUGAAUAGAGAGUUUAGUACAG